GUAUACUUUCACUUAUUCUCUUUCGUUGUUCGGGCACCCGUUGCCACUCCACGUUUACACCACGCACAACCAUGGAACACUCUCCAGCUGUAUGCCUACGACUGAUCUCCGAUAAUCUCUCCGAAGUCGACCAUCACUGCUCAUUAUGUCUCUUCUUCCACGGAGCAGAUAAGACUUGUCGCCACGAACCAUCUUCUCCUCCCAAAAUUCUGCGAUCAGAAACCCCAUUCUCGGAUUGCUCUUUCUAUACAUGCCGGACAGCUGCGAGCAGUAUAUCGACCACUUCGCUUCAAUCGGACAGCUCAGGCAGCUCGACUAGCACGAUCAAGGCACGCAUCCACAUCACUACACCUGCUGUGAAACGACAAUCGCUGCGGAGAAAACAGUCGCCAACCGAUGCGUCUUUACGGGAACUGAACCACAGCCAAGAAAUUCUCAUAGAUCUUCGAACAAGACAAUCCGAGGAACGUCUUCAGGCUGUGUACGAGAGACAGAUCAUGCAGUACCUCCACUCAGACAUAAUUCGGAGAAUCAGCUUUGAUGAUGGAGACAUUUGGACGAUUGAAGAAUGAAGACGAAUUACGACAUUACGCCUGUAUGAGAAUCCGACUACUAUCUACAUGUACAUCUUACAAUAGCAUCACUACCAAAAAGCCACUAGCGAAUGUGUUUCUGACAGGGAGUUGGCCUCGUAUUUUGCCAAUUCUGGCGAAUCCUUCUGCGGACUUUGGAGGACACACAUGUAGGUUGCUAAUAGCACCUGCAUAAGAUGCUCGGCCUUGCCACCGACAGAAAGGGCAACGCAAAAUAGGCCAGGAAGGCAAAAUCUGAGAAGCCUCAGUAGAGGAUUAUGCAAUUUCAUUUUCAUUCUCGAA